AUGUCCUCUUCAAUUUCAUCUCUUUACAAUCCCCUGUUUUCCACUUUCGUAUGCAAUUUCUUUCUACUCUUGGCUGCCAAUUCAACGGUUUUCUCUCUUUUAUUCUUCGGGUACCAUUUUAUUAAUGGGUUGGGGUUCUCUUUGUCUCCCAACUGGCUCACCUUCAUGUCAGCUGUCGGUGUUGCCAGAAUUCGAGUUGUUGUGAGGGCUUAUGGUUAUCGUAGUGAAGGUGAUUAUGGUGGGUUUUUGUUGGCUUUGGAAGGGGUUUUGAUUUCUUAUUUGUAUUCCAUUUUUAUUGUUCUUGAUACUGUGGUGAGUUGCAUGUUCUUCGAGAGCUGCAAAACUGGGUGCUUGGUUGAUCAUCCACAAGGAAGAUACUGUUAUAAGAUUGAGAUUUUUGCAGAGAGAGAUGGGAAAGCGUUUGUGAAGAAGAAGAAGAGGAGACAGACGGUUGGUCUAAGUAUGUUGAAUUAA